CCCGCGCGCCGGCCGUUCGGCGGGGGAGCGCCGCCGGCUCCUCAUUCAUGCGGCGGGGCUGGGAGCUGGCCGCGGCGGAUCGCCCGUAGAGCGCGGAGCCGCCCCCUCCCCGCCUGUGAGCGGCCCCGGCGGCGCUGGCCUCGGGCAGGCGGAUCGGAUCGGGGGCCAUGCGGUGGCUCCGGGGGGCCCGCGGGGCCUGGCGGCUGCUGCCCCGGCGCUCGCUGGUGGCCCUGCUCUUCCUCUUCUCGCUCUCCUCCUCCUUCCUCUACUUCGUCUAUGUGGCGCCCGGCAUCGUGAAUACCUAUCUCUUCAUGAUGCAAGCCCAAGGCAUCAUGAUUCGUGAGAACAUGAGAACAAUAGGAGCUCAGGUUUAUGAGCAGGUGGUCCGCAGUGCCUAUGCCAAGAGGAACAGCAGCAUUAAUGACUCAGAUUAUCCUCUUGAUUUGAACCACAGUGAAACCUUUCUGCAAACCACAACUUUUCUUCCUGAAGAUUUUACCUACUUUCCAAACCAUACCUGUCCUGAGAGACUCCCUUCUAUGAAGGGCCCAAUUGAUGUAAAUAUGAGUGAAAUCAGAAUGGAGGAUAUCCAUCAAUUAUUCUCUAAAGAUCUGUCUAUCAAGCUAGGAGGCCAUUGGAAACCUGAUGACUGCCUGCCUCGCUGGAAGGUGGCAAUCCUGAUACCAUUCCGCAAUCGUUAUGAGCAUCUUCCAGUUCUCUUUAGGCACCUUAUUCCAAUGCUGCAGCGCCAACGUUUACAGUUUGCAUUUUACGUCAUUGAGCAAGCUGGCAACCAACCAUUUAACCGUGCCAUGCUCUUCAAUAUUGGUUUUCGGGAAGCAAUGAAGGACUUGGACUGGGAUUGUCUGAUCUUUCAUGAUGUGGACCAUAUACCAGAAAAUGACCGUAACUAUUAUGGAUGUGGACAGAUGCCAAGACACUUUGCAGCCAAGCUGGAUAAAUAUAUGUAUCUGCUUCCUUAUAAUGAGUUCUUUGGUGGAGUGAGUGGCUUAACGGUGGAACAGUUUCGGAAGAUCAAUGGCUUUCCUAAUGCGUUCUGGGGCUGGGGCGGAGAGGAUGACGAUCUUUGGAACAGGGUUCAGUAUGCAGGCUACUCAGUGACUCGACCACGAGGAGUCACCGGGAAAUACAAGUCAAUUCCACACCAUCAUCGAGGUGAAGUGCAGUUCCUGGGAAGGUAUGCAUUGCUGAGGAAGUCAAAAGAGAGGCAAGUCCUGGACGGCCUCAGUAACUUGAACUACUUUCCAAACAUUACGUACGACGCCUUGUAUAAAAACAUAACUGUUAAUCUGACACCAGAGCUGGCUCUGGUAAAUGAAUACUGAGAGGAGAAAAUAAGUUUGCUUUGCCCUUCACCAAGAAAGCAACACGUUAGACAUUCUUUUAUAGGGUUACCAAGGACAAGAAACACAUCCUCUAAUGAAGGAUCACAGUAUUUCAAAGAAUGAAAUUGAAAAUGCACGCACAAAUCGUCUGUCCCAAUCAGAUUGUUUGUGCAGCAAGCUCGGGGACUUCACUCGCUUUCUGGUUUUAUGAACAAUAGUGUGACCUGCUGCUCUCAUCUCUGCAUUCCGUCUCCUCCAACAAUCUCAAAUAUCACAACAGUGAUCUGACGCGCUUUCUUCUCACGGAACCAGUUUGGCUGAAUGACUCUUGAGUUUGGAUGCCAGAAGCAAUCCAGUAGGCAACUGCCCUAAUAGGAGAUCAAAUGAAACUUAAGAUGAUACCAUUCUUCUACAUGUAUGUUUGUUUUUUUUAAUGACCUGCUUAAAGUAUACAACAGAAUCGCUUCUUAAAGAAGUGUGAAUAAGCUGUGUAAAAUGCCUUUUUUAUUUUCUUUUACAAUUAAAACUCAAGCUAAAGGUUUACAUAUUAAAGUCACUCAUUUAGACCCCAAUCCUGCAAACAUGUACAUAAUGUUACUCCUAAGCAAGUCCCUCUACUCAUGUGAGUAGUUCUAGUGAUGUAAAGUUUAAGCUUAAGAGUUUACAGGAUAGGGGCCUUAGUUGGUAGGAUGCUGGGGUUCAGAUGGAGCCACAUCAUUGCUUAUUACGGAAAUGGUGUGGGCUUUUUGGGAGAAGGGAGGGAGAAGGGAAACUUCAUGAAAGAACAAAUAUCCAGCUCAUAUCAUUGUGCAGUAGAUAAUGUGUAAAUUAUAGUUCAUAGGGAGUUCUUCCAUUUUAUUCCUCUUGGGUUUUCAUUGUCCAUUACCCUCUAUUCCACAGUGAUGGCAAGUGCAAGCUUAGAUUCUAGACUUAUUCAAACACAUCCCUCCUCUUCUCCUCUCUCUCGCCCCCUUACAAAAUUAACCACUAGGCCUGUGUGGUUUCCAUGCACAAAUCCCAAAAAUCUUACCUUCCCUCCUCAGUCACUGUCUUUAGGUUUGGGCAGUCAGCUGCAGUUUAUUAAAUCUGCCUCUAAAUUAACAACGUUCUACAGUGAUUCCUCUAAUGUAACAUUUUUAUUUCAUAAAUGGUAUUUUGAUAUAUUCAUUGUGUAAAUUGAACAGAACACUGAACUAAUGUACAUUCUCACUUUAGGUAGAACCCUUGGUUAUGAUCCUUAGCCAGGGAAUGCAUUUCACAAGUUCAAAUAGUGAGCUAGAUUUAUCCACAGAUGUAAAAUCAUAAUGAGAAAAAAUGAAGGGCAUUCUAAUUAGUUCAGUUCUGCAUACUCAUGUUUUCCUGAAGUGCUUGGUUGAUAUCCCCAUACAGUUUUACAAGUUUAGAUUUUUUUUCUAAACUGUUCUCCUUGGGUUGUGCCUGUUUUGGGAUUUUUUUUUUCUGGUUUAAAACCAAUCCAUCACUUACACAGUAUGUACAAACUCACUUUUACUCCUAUAUGGUAAAAGUGCUUUGGGUUGCUUUUUUAUAUAUCUAUAUAUAGAGAUUGUGAGUACUUAAGCUCAGAAGUACUCUAACUUUCUUUUAUUGCAUUGUUUGCCUUCUGUUUCCUUAACUCUUAUGGUUUACAUUGUUUUCUUGGUUCCAUGGACAUAUGAUCCCCAUACACAUCUGCUGUGGGUGUGAUUGACCAGGGCUCUUUUUGGUCUCUCGAGAAUAACUUGGGUUUAGAAAAUAUGGAGUUCUUGUUGUGUAGAUCUUAUCAGCCUGCAUGAAAGGACAGUGCAUCUGGCCUUGAAAGUGCUGGUAAAUUUGUAAUUUAGGUUUAAAAUCUUAGAAUACAUGUGCUUUAAAAUUGUUUCUUGAAGGUUAUUUAUAGUUUGUUUUUUAUGGCACAUAUAGCAAUAAAGACUCUCUUGCUUCUGAUUCUUGAUCUCUGUAAUUCUUGUGGACCCUUUUCAAAUGCUGGACCUUUACUCUCUCCCUCAUUUCUUUAAUCUUGAAAUGUUGCUAGCAACUGAUGUCUUUUAAUGGUGCUUCAAACAAGGAAUGUAUUUCAAAUGUCUAAAUUCACCACUACAUGAAUUGUGCAUGCAUGUGUGAGUAGAUGUUAGGCUGUAUUUUAGUUUGAAUCCUCAGUCUUUUAAUGUAUAUUUACCAUCUCUUACACCCUGUGUUUUGAACAAAAAAGGCAUUCCCUCUACUCAGAAAUGUACUCAUUUAAGGUUGGCCUGAAAGUGCCUGUUCACACCUAAUCAAUGUCACUCUUUGCAUUUUUUUUGUCAAUCAGGUUGAGUUUUUCCCUCUCUCUAAAAUGUGGAAUAUCUUAAAAUGUGCACUGUUAAUCUUAUCGGCUAAGUCAAAUAUUGUGUAGAAAUGUAAUUGUUAAAACAUUUUGUCAGGCGCAUGUGCUGUUAUGGUGUAAAAAUUCUCAUAGUAAAAAACUGUACAUAUUCUGGCAGCUGAAAUUCAACAAGGCUAUUUGUGCACCCCUUAUAUGUCAACAUUGUCUACUGACCUUGCUGGGAGUCAGGGUGUGUUCAGUGCUGAUUUUUUUUAACAAGCCAUGUAGGGUUUUAUUUGCUAAAAUAUUUAUUUAAAGUUCAUUAUUUUUUUUAAAGAUCCUCUUCUUCUAUAAAGAAUUUACCAACUGAGCAAGAGUCACACACUUCUAGUCACCCACUAUCUGAGGUGGAGUUAAACAAUAGAUAGUAUCUGUCCAUCAUCAUGGCUUUUGAACUUACUCUUAUGUUUUUAAGAGGUGCCAGGGUACAGGUUUGCACUGAAAUGUAGUGUUUUCACACACACACACACACACACACACACACACACACACACUUUUUUCAGCAGAGCAAUCCUUUGUAUCAUUACAUUUAUUUACCCAUGUGUUUGUACAUUUUUGUAUUUAAUUUAUGAAUGAUUUUUCAGUAAAAUACAUAUUCAAGAAC